AUGGCUAAUGAUAAGAUCGGCUCGUUGACUCCUGCUUAUGUUCCAAUGCAAAAGCUUUCUAAUAAGCGUCGGCCCAUGUCUGGGAAGAGAAUUAUUGAGCGUGCAUUGUCCCAGAGCAAGCUAACGAAGAAGCAGAAGGAAAGCAUAAAGAGGCGUGCUCAUCUCAAACGCAAGGCUGUCAAGAAGCCCAGAUUUCCUCGUAUGUACAGCGUGCAAAAUCCGAAAAGGAAGUUGCAGCUUCGCAAGGUUCAAUGCUUUAAGGAUCAUCGUCGCAGGGUUCGUAAGUCUAUUACUCCCGGGAAGAUACUCAUUCUUCUUGCGGGGCGACAUAGGGGGAAGCGCGUCGUAUUCUUAAAGAUGCUGUCCAGUGGGAUGCUAUUGGUUACCGGUGAGUAUUUUUAG